AUGGUCGUUCUAGGCGCACUGAGAUUGAUGACAGCCUACACCAGUUACUUGGUCCUGUCUGCUCGCCUGCCUCAAAAGAUCUUGCAACUUCACCAGAAAUACGGGUCGGUGAUCAGAAUAGGUCCGGACCGACUGGUGUUCAACACCGUCACAGCCUUCCAAGAUAUCUAUCAAAGCGACCAGGUCACCAAGUCCUACACAUAUCUAUCCACGACAAAAAAGAACAUUGUCAACGUCUUCACCGCCCUUGAUAAUGAGGUGCAUCGCUCGAAGCGGGCAGUGGUCGGACAAGCAGUCACGGAUCGUGCAUUGAGAGAAUUCCAGCCCUCAAUGAUGGAACAGAUCGACAUAUAUCUGGGCCAGAUACGAGAGUCCUCGCGCUCUUCCACUCCGGUCAACAUGACCGAGAAAUCGAGACAUCUUAGUCUCGACACUGUGGGCCAGCUAGCAUUUGGCUACGAUCUAGGUGUCCAGAAGCGUGACGACAACAGAUACAUCAUGAGGGCUAUGUACUUCGGCAAUUAUCGUGGGAAUAUCUAUCACCACCUGUUCUUUCUCUCGAGGCUCUACGUCAAUAAGAUCUUCGACUACGUAUUCUACCAAGCUCGGGAGAAGUAUUGGCGAUUAGUCGAGUGCAUGAUCCAGAAGCGCUUGGCCGAAGACAGGCACGCAAGGCCGGACUUCUAUUCCUUCGUUUUGGACACAAUGAGCGCGGACCCCGACGGCUUGCGUGGAGGGGCAUUAUGGAUGGAAGCCCUGUUUUUUCUUGCGGCAGGUGGUGAUACUGUGGCAACUGGGACCAGUGCUGCCUUCUUCUACCUCGCGCACAAUCCAGAAUGCUAUCGGACUCUGGCCCGAGAAAUUCGCUCAGCAUUCGACAGCGAGGAAGACAUCAAAGCCGGCCCCCGGCUCUCGGGCUGCACUUAUCUCCGAGCAUGUAUUGAGGAAGCCUUGCGCAUGUCUCCUCCCGUCUCUACCACUCUUUGGCGAGAAAAGGAUCCCUUGGACCACAACCCGCUGGUCAUUGAUGGGCAUGUCAUCCCUCAUGGUACUCUGAUCGGGGUCAACACGUAUGCCUUCCAUCAGAACGAGCAAUAUUUCCCACAGCCUUUCACUUUCCGUCCCGAACGUUGGUUAGAUAAUGCCGACAACGAAGGAGCAAGGAAGGUCUCCCGGGUUGCGUUUUCCGCCUUCUCCAUUGGGCCCCGGGGGUGCGCCGGGAAAUCGAUGGCAUAUUUAGAGAUCAGUCUAGCGCUUGCAAAGACUCUGUGGUCUUUCGAUUUCGAACGUGCGCCAGGACGCCUGGGUGAUGUGGGAGGGGGCAAGCCCGGUGCUGCAAAUGGUAGGGUCAGGCCAAGUGAGUACCAGAUUCACGACAUCUUCACUGCCAGGCACGAUGGACCUUACCUGGUCUUCAGACCCAGAGCUGGCUGA